ACAAAGUUUAUUUUGCUGUCAAUGUUCUCUUUAUGCUGUGUUCCAGAAAGCACACAGCCAUUUUUGCGUUAGAAGCUGCUCGGUACGCCCAUUACAAGCAGAGAUAAAAACAGCAAUUCAACAUAAAACAUAAGAUGCACUGUGCUGCGAAGAAGCGCGUUGUCAAGUCAGAGGAUGCUUUCACGAUCAAGACUUGGCAGAGUCAUGGAAAUAUAGAGCUGGAGGGUCCAAAAUCUGCAGGUUCCCUUACUACAAGACCAACAAAGCCAACAAAUUUCAGAAAAUUUUAUGAAAGAGGAGACUUUCCCAUUGCUUUAGAACAUGACACAAAAGGCAACAAAAUUGCAUGGAAGGUUGAAAUUGAAAAGUUAGAUUACCACCACUAUCUUCCACUUUUCUAUGAUGGUCUGUGUGAAACAGUCCAUCCAUAUGAAUUCUUUGCCAGACAGGGUGUACACGAUAUGCAUGAACAUGGAGGCAGCAAAAUCUUACCAGUUAUUCCACAGCUUAUUAUUCCAAUCAAAAAUGCUUUGAAUACACGGAAUAGGCAGGUGGUUUGCACAACCCUGAAAAUUUUACAGAACUUGGUGUGUUCUGCAGACAUGAUUGGAGAGGCUCUUGUCCCCUAUUACAGACAAAUCCUGCCAAUGCUUAAUCUUUUCAAAAAUAAUAACUUAAAUUCUGGUGAUGGCAUUGACUACAGCCAACAGAAAAGGGAAAAUAUUGGAGACCUCAUUCAGGAAACACUGGAACACUUUGAGAGGCAGGGAGGUGAAGAUGCAUUCAUCAACAUCAAAUACAUGGUCCCCACAUAUGAAUCCUGUAUGCUAAACUAAAGGGGCAAUCAUGAAGACUCAGACAUUAUAUUUUAUUGACCUCAUUGUACAUAUGUGUAUAGUUCUGUGAAUAUAAACUGACAUGCUGGAAAAUUAAAUGGGCGGUGGAUAUUACUAUAAAGCUGAUUUUGAAAAAGGUUAACAAUACAGAAAAUGGAAGCAGCUUACUUUCAAGUUCUUUAUUUUCAUGUAGGACAUUGGCUUUAUUUAUUUAUGAGAAAAACAUCUUAAAAUGCAUGGCUGGUGCUGUGUUAUCUAAUUUAGAUAUAUGGCAUAUUUUGCAAGAUACUAACACAUAUAUAUAUAUAUAUUAUUGAGCAAGAGCUCACUACCAGAUUUGAAGAAUUGACAUGAAAAUGUGCAGUUCAUCAUUUAUGUCAUCUAUAUUUGUAUGUCCUGUAUAUUUAAAAAUAUCAAGAUGCUUUAAUUCAUCAGCUGUGAAGAAUAUUUUGUUCAAAUAGUUUACUCAAGUAAUGUCAAGCAAUAGCUGAGUACAGUAUUAAAGGUCAAGUUAGAGAAUUACCAUUUUUACACCAAGUCUGCUGUAUUGUUGCAUGUUUAUUAAAUUAUCAGCUGUGAAAGAUAUUUUUUGCAAGAUAUUUUCGGCAAUAAAUGUGUGUUAAGCCAUUA